GCGAAGUGUUAAGAGCAGUAGUUUAGGAAAGGACUACCCGAGCGCACCGAAAACAUCACCAGUCAAGCAGACUUCACUUAGAGCGCCUAUAAGUUCUUGCCGUCACUCUCUUUUAGAUGUUUUAUCAAUGCAGAACGCUCCGGAGGCGGAGAUACCGGCGAGAGCGCGGAUGUAUUUGAGAAAGGGGGGAAAGCCUAAACUUUUUUUUUUGCAAACUUGUAACCAACUCUGUCAGCCUGUAAAAUAGCAGGGUUGAAGAAACUUCUUUUUUCUUUUUUUUUUCUUUUUGGUUUUUUUUUUUUUUUUUUUUGCUUUUGAAUGAGUAUUUGCCGCUGGCUGUCACAUCUGGACUCAUUUGUUUUUUUAGGAGCUGAGAAGUCCUGCGCUAUAACUUUUUUCGCAGGAACUUAACACUUUCAUUUGUUCAUGCCGAAACUCUGAGCCGGAAUGCUGGAAUUAGAUUGAAUUAAACUCUUCUCCACACAAUUUUUUAACCCCCCUUCCCCUCCCAAUACUUUUUUAAAACUCGUUUUUUUUAUGUUAUUGCAAGGAUAAAAUGGAUCACUCAACCUUCAGAUUGUCUUUCGUCUUGGUGAUUAUCUGUCUCCUGGACAAAAGGGUGGACUCCAAUGAAAUCUUGGGCCUGAAGCUUCCCAACAUCGAACCGAUCCUGAACGCCAACACAGUGUGUCUGACACUGCCAGGCCUGACGAGGCGCCAACUGGAGGUGUGCAUGCGCAAUCCCGAUGUGACGGCUUCGGCAAUCCAGGGAAUCCAGAUUGCCAUCCACGAGUGCCAGUACCAGUUCAGAGGGCACCGUUGGAACUGCUCGAGCCUGGAGACCAGAAACAAAAUACCAUAUGACAGCAUUGUCUUCAAAAGAGGUUUCAGAGAGAGCGCCUUCGCGUACGCCAUCGCCGCGGCGGGCGUGGUGCACGCGGUGGCCAACGCGUGCUCCAUGGGCAAACUGAAGGCGUGCGGCUGCGACGAGAAGCGGCGCGGGGACGAGGAGGCCUUCCGCAUCAAGCUGCACCGCCUGCAGCUGGAGGCCAUCCACAGAGGGAAGGGCAUGGUGCACGGCGUCAUGGAGCACUUCCCCGCCGACCUGCCGGGACCCCAGGACUCCUGGGAGUGGGGCGGAUGCAGCCCCGACGUGGAAUUCGGAGAGAAAUUCUCGCGAGAUUUUCUGGACGCCCGUGAGACCUACAAAGACAUUCACGCUCGCAUGAGGCUGCAUAACAAUAGAGUUGGAAGGCAGGUGGUGCUUGACCACAUGAGAAGGAAAUGCAAGUGCCACGGGACGUCUGGGAGCUGCCAGCUGAAGACCUGCUGGCAGGUCACUCCGGAGUUCCGGGUGGUUGGCUCGAUCCUCAAAGAGCGCUUCCACGUGGCCACGCUCAUCAAGGCUCACAACCGGAACACCGGACAGCUGGACCACUCCCACAAUAACCAUCACAACCACCACAACCAUCACCACCACCAUCAGCACAACCACAACAAUCACCACCACGCGCACCGGCGGCGGCCAAGCAUCAACGAACUGGUGUAUUUCGAAAAGUCGCCGGACUUCUGCGAGCGGGACCUGGGCUCGGACUCAGCGGGCACACAGGGCCGGAUCUGCAACAAGACCAGCCACGGCAUGGACAAUUGCGAGAGCCUGUGCUGCGGGAGGGGGCACAACAUUCUGCAGCAGACGCGGAGCGAGCGCUGCAACUGCAAGUUCCACUGGUGCUGCUACGUGGUCUGUGAAGAGUGCAGGAUAACCGAGUGGGUCAGUGUCUGUAAAUGAAGAAACACACACAGAUUUAAGAAAAGAAAAGAAAAGAAAAGAAAAGUAUGAGACAUUUUUCAGUCCAGACUAUUACAUAAAAAGGGGAAAAAUGACUGUUAUGUAAAAAUGCCCCGUUACUUUUUGCGAUGGACUGCAGUUUUUCUUUGCAGAACAGAAGUGCAAAGGACAGCAAGAUGCAGUUGAGCCAGUGGAUAGAUAGAUAGAUAGAUGUGUGUGUGUCAGAGAGGAGUGUGCAUGUGCAGGAAAAGUGUGAAGCUGCCACAUAAAAUAAAAAAACGGGACGUGCACUACACUUCCACUUGAGAUGGAUGAACAUAACUAACUGUUUGAGGUGAAAAAUAUCAGAUUACACAAAUCCAGCUGGAUGAAAUUCAAGGAAGCAAAGAGGAACUAGAAAGCAGUAGAUUGCACGUAGAAAGAAAAGCAUACCUUUACCUGGAUAGAGCAAUACAAUAUUUGCAUGACACUUAAUAAACUUUAAAAAACUGGUUCAUGUUUAUGUAAUAGAAAAUAAAUAUCUCAAACACCAGGAACAUGACUUACAAUACAGAAUAAACAGCCUCAGUAGAAAUCAUUUGCAUCAUGACAACAUUUCGCCUACUUCAGCAAUGGACUAAAUACAGUAUUUGAGCACUUACAUAUUGGUGCCUUGUUUAAGGGCAGUUAUGAAUUGAAUUAUUUAUUAAUAGCAGCUGUCACAGAGUACGGCUAACAAUUUAGCUGACAAGUAGAUGUGUCAGUCAAUGUUGGUGUGUUAGUAUGUCAUAAAAUAGAACCAUAUCAACACUCAUAGAAUUCUAUUGUCAAUUCUGGUUGGAAACAAAGAGCUGUUUCUGAAAUUGAGUCCCCAAACAGAACUAUCUGAACUACUAACAAACUAUCUGAACUGUUAGGGUUGAUCAAUGAGAUAAGCCUAACCAGAUACUUCAGCCUCUGCGCAUUGGUCACAUGACUGUCAAGCAAACGGCUGAAGUUAGAGUCAGUGAAAAGACUGAUCUAAAGCUUUGAUUGUUGGAGCUUCUCACUGAGAUUCCCAUUUCAGACACAGAGGCUGUGAAAAAUAAGUUAUGCAAAAUGGCGUCCGCAUACCACUUCUAUAAGCCAUUCAUAUUUGUUGGCGGCUCUCCAAAAUCACUGAAAAUGGUAGAGACACAGACCUGCUCCACCAUGCUCAGACCCCCCUCAUAAAAGAUAGAAACUGUCCUGUGUUAAGUUGUACAAAACGUGCCAUGUGUGGUGUGUGUGAUGUGAUACAUGAUGUAGUAGAAAACGUCCGAGUGCACUGUAGACACUCACUCACAUGUCCACUUUUCAUCUUCAACAUGAUCCGACCAGCACUGUAAAUAAAAAUGAGUAAUGCUGCACAAAUGUCAUCAGUAACGUUGGAGUGCCUCAGGAAGCUGAGCGCACAUGGACGGGCUCGUGUUGCACACACUAUAAACAUGCUUAAGAGACAUCAAUCAAAGUGUUUCCUGUUUUGUGAUGCGAUGUGCUGUGUGCAACACUGUAAGCUUCUUGUUAUAUAUAUAUGUGUAUAUCUACACUCGUCCUCUUCACACUUCUUUCUAUGUGUACUACAGGGAUAUCUAAUGUUAUCUUCAAAAUGUAUAAAGAAGAAUGUGGAUAUGGAUUUCUGCGUGUGUACAUUUAUAAGAUCAUAUUUGAUCUCGAGAAACUUGUAUGAGUUAGGCUUCUUAUCAGAUGACGUAAUUUAUUUUAAGCAAAUGUGUUUCCGUGUUGAAACCGGGGUUGGGGGGGGGACAAAAUCUGGGAUCAUGUUUCCAGUUCAACAGGUCAUUUUUUUAUUCUGAUAAGUAGUUUGCACAUACUAAACUGAGUCCAGGAAAACUCUGGGAAGAUAUCAGCGAUAUGCAUUUUUUCAUGUGUUAAAUGUAAUGUAUGUUUGUAUUUUUUAUGUUUUAAUAUGGCUAUUAUCUAAGUUAUUUUAUUUUUGUGGAUAACUUAAUAUUUGUAAGACAAUAAAGACAGACCA